CAUCAAGGUUUUCAAGCUGACACUUGGUAUCCAGAAUUUCGCGCCAAAAGAACUGGAGUUGAAAUUAACGGGAGAUUGCCUCCAUGUGCGCGGAAACACGAGCAGAACGCAGACGAACAUGGCUUUGCACCUCGCGAGUUCCACAGUCCAAGGUAUUAAAACGGGUUAACAAGUUCUACAUAUCAAUGCUGUGGUACAAAUGGAAGAAACACCAGUAAAAGAGCAAAUCGGAUCUACGGAGUGCGGCGCUGAGCUGCCAAAUAAAGUGCGCAAGUUGUCACAGAUAUUUGGGGAUGAAGUUGCGCAAUUGGUCGAAAAAGCAAAUUUAUCAAGCAAGCAUCAACAAAGAUGUUUACAAGAACAGAUUAGCGCAUUAGAAAACAAACUGCAAGAAAAUCAAACUAACAGCAAAAAGGAAAUAGAGCGAAUCAUGCAAACAAAUAUGUCUGUUAAGCAAUCAGAAGAAGAUAUAAGACGGGAGUACGAUAUGACCCUGGAAAGACUAUCGAAAGAAAAGAUUGCAAACGACGAACUCAGGUUAAAUUUGCAGCUUUCUAAUAUUAAACAAGAUGCAAUUAUGUUGGAUCUACAGACUAAAGAAAGGGAGCUUGAAUCAAAGUCAACCCAAUGUGACGUGCUUAGUAAAGAACUGUCAAAAUUCAUGGAAAGGUUGGCAACAUUGAUGAACAAUAAGGACACUGAGAAGAGUUCCAUCACGGCAGAUAAAAGCGAGCCUCUUGCUCCGACGAAUUCGGUGGAAAUCAGUUCAGAAUUAAAAAUACCAAAUGACCAUGGCAUAUAUGAAGCGCUCGUGACGGAAUAUGAAAAUAUGAAAUCUCAAAUAUCCAUACAACAUUCUUGCAAACCCCAAAGCAAAGCAAAUUUGCAUGUUGCAGAUAAUUUCGACAAUGCUUCUGCAGAAGUGGCGUUGCAAUUGCUCCAGAAGAAAACGGAGGAGGUUACAAAACUGGAAGUGGAAAUCGAAAGACUGAAUCGUGAAUUACAGGAAUCUCGAACUCGUGAACUUUUGGCGAAAGCACCAGAAGACUUGCAAAAGAUCUGUGAGAAAAACGAAAAAACUCUUGUGAAUGAAAUGGACCUUCUUCAACAAGAUAUAGUACAACACGAGGAAGAAAUUAAGAAACUCAAUAUUUCAUUACAGUUCGUACAGUCUGAAAGUAACGACGAGACAUGUAAACUUCACCGACAACUGAAACAAAAAGAAGGAUCAAUUAUCAUCUUGAAACAGCAGAAAGAAUUACUUCAGAAAAGAGUGAACACGGCUAAAAAAACUAUCAAGUUACUGAAAGAAGAAUCUACUGUUUUUACAAACGUUUUCAACGAACCAAGUCCGCAAUUGAAGCAGUUGAUUGAAAAGGAUGUGCAAUUAGAGCAAAACUAUAAAAAGACUCAGCAAGAUCUUGAUGACCAUGAAAGAUGCCACAAUGGAACUACGACGUUUGCAGAGAUGAAAAUUUUUGAAAAUAUGCAGAAAAAAAUGAAUGAAUUAGAGCAAAAACUUAAGUCAAGUGAACAAUCGCAUGUGAAGGAAAUCCUGCAGCUGAAAACGUCAUCGGAAAAUCACGCGAGUGGAGAAGAAGAAUAUAAAGUGAAAUACGAAUCUGUCAGCUCUGACCUGUCGAAGGAAAAAGCCAGUAACAGAACACUCACAGAUAAUUUAUCAAUCGCCAAUAAUAACAUUACAGCUCUUUCAUAUGAAAAACAAAAGUUGUCGGGAAGGCUAUCCGAACUUACGGUAGAAAACGAUAUGGUUGGGAUGGAACUAUCGGAUUGCAAAUCAAGGUUGAGCAAGUUGUUAAGUGACAGGCUCACAGAUAACAAUCCCCAGAUUGCUGAUGUUAGUGAUCCAAACCGACCUACGAAGCUGGCUGAAAGGCACUCGGUACUAUACGAUAACCAGUGGACAGACGCAUUUGAGGUGUUACAGGAAUCGUUUGACGAAGAGAAGUCAAUUCAAAAACUCCUUUUCUGUCUGAUGAAGAUUCAAGAAUUCUGUAAAGAAAAAGCAGCCGAGCAAGUCAAUCACCUACAGCAAGUAGCAUUCAUGCGUUCUGCAGAGGAAGAACAACAUUCCGACACAGUAGACCUAAAGGCACUUAUAAAAGAGAUCAGAAAACAAACCGCUGAAUCGAGCGCGCAGCAGGUCUUAAAGGGUUUUAUUUCCAAAUAUCCAAGGUAUUCAAGCAAUCCAAUUAUCUUGAAGUACGUCGAAGAGUGUGUAAAACUUUGCUGGCUGAUGAACGCACAAGAUCCACCAGUAGUUUUUGCAAAAGCAAAAGCAGAAAAUACACAGUUAAACUACGAUCUUUACAAGCCAUAUACACAGUCGGGAGAAACCAUGAAAUUUCUCGUAUGGCCAGCACUUUUACUGCACGAAGAAGGAUCCGUUCUUGCUAAAGGCGUAGCACAGGGCUUUAAAGCUCACGAGAUCCUUGAGCCCAGGGAUUCAGCUGAAGUGGAUAGUAAACCUCAUCAGAGUGAUCCUCAAAUUAAUACCAGCCAGCAGGAUACGGACACAAAAUCACAAGAUUUUGAUUGCAGCGACAAGGUUGAGUUUCAAGAUGCACGUGUCAAAAAGGAUGCAAGCGUUACAAACACAUAUUCACAAGUUGAACAAAAACCAACAAGUCCUGGGUCCCCAAACACCAACGCCGUUCUUACCAUGAAUCAACGGAACAUGAGUACACCACAGUCUCCAAGUUCGGGAUCGGCCGUUUUGCAUACCCGCAAGGCAGAAAGCACCUUAGACACACAGGCAGGCACAACUCACCCAUCAGCAGCGAAUUAUAGUAGAAAACUGGGCGCAUCUCUCAGGACAUCACAGCACACGGCUACGACUCAAGAUCGGCAGAAUUGGAGCGAACCUGUUGGCGGGAUAUAUCGAUAUCUCACUCAACUGCAAUACCCACUGACAAAGAAAUGACCGAUUUUAUAGAUUUUGGAAUGAAAAAGGGGAGCGUUAUUGUCAAGAAAAGUUGGGAUCGGAGCUGUUCGCUAAAUGUUUGGCAUAUAUUACAACAGUAUAACUAAGU